UCAAUCUCUGCUUAAUUAUCUAUGAUUUUAUAAUCAUUUAAAACCUGCUACCCUCUCAAAACUAAGAAGUUUAAGUUUUUUUUAAAAUGAGUACUUUCAUGGGAAUAUUCGAGGAAGUACCUGGCAUUGCUGUAGAUCGAUUCGAUGGGGACUGCCUGAAAUCGAGUUUCCUUUUUCUUUCACAUUGUCAUGCAGACCAUAUGAUUGGGUUGUCCGAAAUUAUCAAUCCUACAAUUCCAUUAAUCACUAGCGAAAUAUCUGCAGUGUUUCUCAAGCACCAAUUCCCAAACAUAGCCAAUGCCAUAGAAACAAUAGAAAUUGAAACGCCUCUAGAACUAAGAUAUAACUUUAAUGGAAAAGAUAUAGAACUGGUUGUAACCGCUCUUUCAGCAAAGCACUGUCCAGGCUCAGUUAUGUUCAUCUUUGAAACAGCAGCUCAAACAGUCCUCUACACUGGAGAUUUCAGAGUUCUAAGAUCCCAUUUUCAUCAGUAUGACUUUAUAAAAAUGAAAACCAUCGAUACAGUUUAUUUGGACUCUACAUUCCUUUCCGAGAUAUUUAAUGAAUUCCCAACACAACGAGAAAGUAUCUCAGAAAUAUGUUCACUCAUACGUGAAUGGCUGGAUAAGCAUUCCGAAAAUAAGAUUUUAAUAGAAAUGCCUGCUCAGUAUGGAGUGGAGUUUCUAUUUAUUGCAAUCGAACAGGAAUUAAAUCAAAAAAUAUUUGUCGAUGAGAAACAGUGGCAAAAGUACAUUUAUCUUCCGGCGAUGGACAAUUGCAUAUCACCAGAUAUCCAAGAAUGUAGAAUCCUUACUAAAUUCAAAGGCUUUCAGGAGAAGAAAUGCGAAUAUUCGGCAAACAGACUUCGAGUAAUUAAGCCAUCAGCAAUGUUCUGGAAAAAUUGGAAGCGAGGGCAACCAAUUGUAAUGCAAAUGGGAGAUAGAAACGAGUACCGCGUGGCGUAUUCGAAUCACUGCAGUUGCUUGGAGCUGAAAGAAUUUCUAGAGUUCGUGCAGCCAAAAAAAGUUUCGUUAAAUGUUGUUCCAGAUAAUUGCGCUUUAAAAUAUGCCAGUUGUCUGAAAAAAAUAUAUUUUAACAACAACGAUAUCAUUGUACCUGAAGAAAAUCAAGAACAAAUAAGCUUCGACAGUAUUUUCUUCUUACCAAGUCCAAGCAAUGUAAAAAGGCAUAACUCGGAAGUUAAACUUUUACCUAAAAGACUAAAAUCAUGACAUAUGUUUCUUAUAUUUUAAAUUUUAGCAAUUUACAAACAGACAAUAUUGGGUAUGGGUGUAGCCAGCAUUGUUGUGAUUAUGACGGUUUAUAGGAACAUUCUCUUUGUCAUCGAAGUUGAAACCUUAUAAUACUUAGAAGAUACGUAUGAGUUUUUAAGCGUGACUUUGUCUUAUUUCUUUAAUUUUAUUUCAAUUCAAAAUAAAUGGUUUCCAUUUUGUUUUUGGCUUCGUAAUAAACAUAAAUGUUUAGCCAAUAAAAACGAAUACUUAGGAAUUUAUUCUAGAUUUAUGAACAGUUCCCGAUAACUAAAGUAUUAGUAAAAAAUUGUAUGGUCUAAAAACUAUAAAUGACCCUAACACUCAGUAUUGUUGACUUGAUAUUUUUUUUUAAAUAUUUAAAAUUUUAGUUAGUUUUUAAAAUGUUAUUCAAGAAAUUUACAAAUAAAAUUAUUUUUAAGAA